CUUUUGCUGGACAGGGCACCAGAGUUGACUAACCCAGCAGCAUGAUGUUGACGCGCCGAGUCUUCAGCGUUCGCCACAGCGCGUCCGCGGCCGUGGCUUCUCGAUGGAACUCUUCCUAUGAGAAACAGAAUGAAGCGGCAUUGGCUCUGAUGCGUGAAACGUCGCGGCUGGAGCGGGAAGUGCUUCUGCCGCUGAACGACAAGCUGUAUGGUCCACUGAAUCGUGCCGUAGAAGACCGGUUGCCAUCGCUGCCGUUUGUGUUCUUGCUCGGCAACCACUCGAGCGGCAAGUCUUCGUUCAUCAAUCACGUGUUGCAACGUGAAGUCCAAACGACGGGGGUCGCGCCGACAGACGACGGGUUCACGAUCAUCUCCAACGGCUCGUCCGACCACGAUCAAGACGGACCUGCUCUCAUUGGCGACCCCGACUUGGGUUUCUCUGGGCUGCGUCAAUUCGGCCCCAACUUGAUUCAAAAGACAAACUUGAAAAUUCGCGCCAACAUCCCCAUCAGCAACCACUUUAUGAUGGUGGAUUCGCCAGGUAUGAUCGACAGCCCCGCGUCGUUCCAUGCGACCACGGACCAAGACCGCGGCUACGACUUCCCCAAGGUGGUGCAAUGGUAUGCCGAGCGCGCCGACGUGAUCCUGCUCUUCUUCGACCCGGACAAACCGGGCACGACGGGGGAAACGCUGUCUAUUCUAACGAAUUCCCUCGUCGGGAUGGACCACAAACUGCACAUUGUGCUCAACAAAGUGGACCAGUUUCGUAAAAUCCACGACUUUGCUCGGGCGUACGGGUCGCUCUGCUGGAAUCUGUCCAAGGUGAUUCCACUCAAAGACUUGCCCCGCAUCUACACCAUGUGCAUCCCCGUCAAGGAGCGCGGCGACGGGUCCAAAACGACUGAAACCGGGCUCGGCAGCGCCUUGGAGGACCUCGAGAGCAGUCGGAACGAAGUGAUCAACGCCGUCAUGCGCGCGCCCGAGCGCCGCGCCGACAACCUCAUCACCCGCGUGUACGACAGCAGCCGCAUGUUGGAAAUGCACGCCACGGUGUUUGAAUCCGUGCGAGCCAAGUACAGCCGAGAAAAGUGGAGCCGCUUCUUCGUCACGACCAGUGCGCUCGUGGGCGGCAACGCGCUCGCCGGCGUCGCGUUCGUGAGCGGGCUGCCCGAAGUGGCGGCGGCGGCAUCCGUCGCGGCUCUGGCCACCGCGUCCGGGCUGUCGUGGGUCAACCGCAACCACUUGGCAGAGCUGGAAAAGGACUUGACGAGCGAGGACGGGCUUACGCAGCACUUUCGGCGGUUGUAUGGGCGGCAACUGGCCGAGCGCGACGAGUUUGUGUAUUCGAUCUGGCGCCGCGUGCUACCCAGUUUGCAGGUGGCUUUGCACACACUUGGGUUUUCCAAACUGCCCAAAGUCAAGGCGUCGGAACUGAAAGCUCUGCAAACGAUUGUAACCGACGACAUCCCCCGCCUUCGCCGACAAGCGGCGCCCACCGAAGCCAGCGUCGCCCACCAAGUGGCCAAGCUCCUCCGUCGGGGGUUCUAAACCUGACACAACCCAUAGAGCAAUUACUACUGUACUACUCCUUGACCGUUUUGAUUGGUUAUUAAUCGUCAAAUGCGACCUCCACAAACCCAUAAACGCAUAGAGCUACUACUCCUUGACCGUUUUGAUUGGUUAUUAAUCG